GAACCCUUUGCCCUUUGCCUCGAACAUUGCAAUCAUUGCAUAUUCAUCAGACUGUACUGUUCUUAUUGUUUGUUCUUGUUGACCAUGGUCGGAUCUACAAUGGUUGCGGUUGCUCCUAUGAUGCAUACUAAUACUAGUACUAGUCUCACCCGAGUCGUCGAUGACCCUGCGGAGCGCCGUGCUCGUCAGCGAGAGGAACGAACGCAGCGCUGUACCGAUGCCUGGAUCAGUGCCAUUGCUUUGGCCGGGCAAAAAGUUGCGACGGCUCGAGACGAGGAGACGCUCUUUUUGGAAAUCCGUCGCCUCGAUGCUUGUCGGCAAUUUCUGGAAGGACAAAAGCGUAGGUGGUACGGCGCGCCCAAGAAAAUGCCACCCAAAGUGGACGGAAAUGAUGACAACGACAAUAACCACAAUAAUCAGCUUUCGGAUUUUGGCGGUCUCGUGCCCUCUGCGGUUGUCAUGGCCACGUCUCCCUUUGCCACUCAAAAUCCCUUUGCGGCAUUUGAAGAUUACGAUGACGAUGAGGAUGAGGAUGAAGAAGAGUCGACAGAAGAAGCGGAAGAAAACAAUGACGAAGAUCCGGCAAUGACGCCUCCUCCUGUUCGGCUCAUGACCAUGCGCCGUCUCUUAGUGCGUGUCUUGACCACGCUCUCUGAACUCCACGCGCGUGUCACCAACAUGCGACGCCACGAUCGUGAUGACCGCUACUGGACCGAAGGAGUCGAUGCCUAUGCGGAGGUGGUGGAGUGUCUGCACGCGGCAUUGCUCCUCGCCGAUGAAGAAUAUGGAAGUCUCUAUCCAGCGGCCAAUGACAAUGACGACGACGACGAUGAUGGAGUCAUGAUUAUUGCGCUGCAUGAAGCAAUUGAACCCACACGAAUCCUCCGAAUGCAUCAACUGGGAGAUGAUGCACAGGUUGUCAUGAUUGCCUUGGAACAUGCCACCCGAGAACGACAGCAAUAUGAAGGAUUCGCGGCGCGGCGUUUGGAGUAUCUACAAAACCGAUUGGCGCCUCAGUGGGAAAGCCGUGAUGAAGUCAAGGCCCGCCUUGGCCGAGACCGAUGGGAAAACAACCCCCGCCCCAAGAAUGACUAUUCUCAAAUGCGAAAGGAUAAUGAACGGGAACUGCGAGCUCUGGAGGUUGCCAUGGGUCGUUUGGAAACUAUCAAAUCCAGUCUAGACGGCGCCUACAAACGCUCCCAAACCAUUUACAAACGAGUUGCCGCGCAACACAUUCAUCCAGGAGAGGAUGACGAUGAUGACAUUGAGAAUAAGGUCGUCGCUGCCAACCGGUACAAUGAUCUUCGUAGCCCGUAUCACAACAUUCGGGUCCCCUUCAAGGACUAUCCUGACCCAACAAUGGUGGGCGGAUGGACGUUUACCGGUUCUAUCCAAGAGAGCUACGUGGAGUUCUUUGAAAAGGAACUACAGAAUAACGAUGGAAGCACCGUGUUGGUCAAGUUGGAUUGGUACUACAGCACGGCAACCAUCAAAACCAGUAUGGAUCACCCCACCAAGGGGCCCAAUCAACUCUUUGGGAAACAGGUGUCACCCCACGAAUAUCGCAUGAUUCUCCAGAAUCCCAGAGCUCAUACGGAUGUACGAUACCGAACCCGCUCCCAUGGUGGUGGCCGAGGACGGGGACGAGCAAGUCGAGGACGCAACAAAGGAUUUGGACGUGGCGGUCGUUGAGUGAGAAAGAGAAGUCGAGUCAAAAAGCAAACAAAGGGAAAGCAGUCGAGCAACACGAGUACAACUGUAGCUACGGUAGAUGGUGUGCAUCUAUCUUAUGUAGGCAACAGUACUUUAUGAGUGAGAACUUGUUCCUUUACUUUAGUUAGUGCAGUAUUCAAUCAAUCUAGGUCGACGGUACCAGUACCGGUAGCUACAAAGCAACC